UAGGUUUCAGAGAAAAUGAAUCCUAACGUAAAAUUGGUUCGUUCGCUCGUACAAGAAAUUCGACGAACGUCUUCGGAGCCAAAUGUAAAGAACAACAUUAUGGUAGAAUAUAUUUUAGAUCAAGCGCGAUCUCACAAGGAAACGUCCGAGGUCUUGUGUAAAGCACGAGAAGAGUUGAAAAAUUUAGCUGAAACGUAUCUUUGUUACUUGAAUUCUCGUCGCCUGUGCAAAGAAAUUCACGAUCGCUACACCGGCAAAGGUGAACGAACUAUAAAAGAGACUGCGGACCUCGUCGGAUUCAAGUUGCCUCAUGAUCCGAAGUAAUCGAUUUUGUGAGUUAUCGCCGAUAUCGAUUUAUUGUCAGAUAAAAGAUUGUAGAAAAGUAAUAAAAAAUCGUUACAAAAAUAUGUGCCGAAUAAAGUAAAUAGAAUAAAAGAGCAGUA